AUACAUUAAUCGAUAAUCGAUAAAGUACAAAUCAACUAAAUCUCUACUAAUCGAUCUAUAAGCAAUGAACUCAAUUCGUAAGGACUGUCAAUUUCCUCUUGCUCAGCGACCGAGUUUGAGCUUAGUCAACUAGUUGCGCAGAGCCUCAUCAAUCUCCCAUAGGCAGACCUUAGACGAAUGCAGACAUUCGCUCCUUCAUCCGGCUCGCAACUACUCCAUGAGUAAGUACAUUCUCUAUCAUUUCUUGGCGGCUGACUGUCCUUUGUUUCAGCCCAUGCGAUGCCCCAGGAGCAUACCGGGGAUCUCCUGCACGAGAAUGGCGCCAAAGUCAAAGUGCACCCAUGUAAGUGGGACAAUUGCACGAUGCACGUUGGUGUAGAGCACAGGCACGUUGCCAAACACCUACAGCAACGCCAUGGUGUCAACAUCAGCGCUACAAACGAGGAAACACACAGAAUACCCUGUCUUUGGGUGGAUUGUUUCGAUUUCCAGAUGAAACCAGGCAAUCUGCCGCGCCAUGUACUUUCAACACACCUUGAAGAACGAUGGAUUUGUUUGACGUGCAGCGAACUCUUUUCGCGAGAGGACGCCUUCCGAAGGCAUACUCAGGAAAAGCCGGCCUGCCAGUACGCAAGACCCGCUGUUUCGUACGGAGACGGGGUACUGGAAAUUGACACCCAGUGCUUUGACGGGGGUCGGUCGAUCGACCAAAACGUCAUAUGCAUUCCCUGAUGUCUCGUAAGUUGAUGUAGUAGUCCAGUGGUAUUACCUUAGAGCAGCAUCUCUGUCGUUUUACGUUCCAACUUUAUAUGCAUUCUCCUAUAGAUCUUGUCCAUCCUCAGUAAUCAUCCAUCGUCUUACUACUCAGUUGAUACUAUGUAUACUAUUUGUACUGGAAAAGGCACACUUGUUAGAAAGCGGCGCAGUCCUUUGAAGGC